AUGUUUGACCAGGUCCUAGACGUUAUGCGGAACAUGAAGCACGAGAAGGAUUCUGAGGCUCAUCAAAUCUUCCGUCAAUCAGCCGGUCACGCUCCCAAAGGCGUUCGUCUCCUCCCAGAGACCGUCAACCCCGAGGAAGAAACCGUACCAGGAAUUCAACACCCAGGAAGUACCGGUGUAAUUUAUUGCAGCGAACGUGCCAUCGCCAAUGGGUUCUCCUACACCGCUCAACACGAAUGGGCCAACCUUGGUCAAGGCGCUCCCGAAGUCGGGCCUAUCCCUAACGCACCAGAACGACCCAAGACGAUCCAGAUGCCGGAAGAUAGUUUGGAGUAUGCUCCUACGACUGGAGUCAAAGCCCUCCGUGAAGCCGUAGCGAACUUAUACAAUGUCACGUACCGCCAAAACAAAGCAUCUCAAUACACAUAUGAAAACGUGUGUAUUGUUCCAGGAGGACGAGCCGGUCUCUCUCGGGUCGCAGCUGUUAUCGGGGAUGUAUAUACUUCUUACCAAAUUCCUGACUACACUGCGUAUGAUCAAGUUUUGAGCGCAUUUAAGAGGCUUGUUCCGGUUCCUACUGCCUUGGAUCCUAGCAACAAGUACAAAUUGGACAUUCAACAAACCAAAAAAGACAUCGCAACGCAAGGUCUGGCUGUUAUCCUCGCUUCGAAUCCCAGGAAUCCUACUGGACAGGUAAUCAAAGGCAACGACCUCAAGGAGCUCGUUGCGCUCGGCAGGGAAGGAUCGACUGUUAUUUUAGAUGAAUUCUACUCCUGGUACAUCUACCCCGAGAACGACAAAGAUCUUGGCAAGUCGAUUUCUUCGGCAGAGUACGUCGAGGAUGUCAAUCAGGACGCGGUUAUAAUUGUAGAUGGUUUGACUAAGAACUGGCGUCUACCAGGCUGGCGUGUCUGUUGGGUAAUCGGACCGAAAAAUCUUGUCACUGCCUUGUCCCAGUCUGGUUCGUUCUUGGAUGGAGGAGCCAAUCAUCCUCUCCAACUAGCCGCUAUCCCUCUUCUCGACCCUAUACACGCGCGGAACGAACGAGUCGCGCUCCAAAAGCACUUCAAGAUGAAGCGAGACCAUGUUUUGGCGAGACUCAAGGAACUUCACCUAGAUGUAGAUGUUCCACCGCAUGCGACGUUUUAUGUCUGGUUGAAUUUAGAAAAAUUGCCGGCACCCCUAAAUAAUGGACUGACAUUCUUUGAAGAGCUCCUCAAAGAGCAAACGAUUGUCAUUCCCGGGAUUUUCUUCGACAUCAACCCCUCGCACCGCCGGAAUUUGUUCAACUCGCCUUGUCAUCAUUUCGUCAGGCUUUCGUUCGGCCCGCCGGUCGAGGAUUUGGAUAAAGGACUUGAUGCGAUUGCGAGAGUGCUAAAGAAGGCGAAGAAGGAGGGAAUGAGAGCCUUUGGACAUAGUUACAAGAAGAGCAUCGACGAGCCUAUAAACUUGGCAUCCAAGACCGUUGACCAGGUUUAA